AUGUCAUCCCACGCUUCGUCCGCCAGCUCAGCCCUCGUGUCUCCAUCCAAGCAGUCUGUCAAGGAAGAAGUGCAAGAGGUGGCAGCCGUCACAAUCAAGGAAAGAAGCAACAGCAGCGUCACCAUCUGCAUCAUUCGCGAGCAGGGCCUAGGUAGCCUCAAGAAAGCUUGCGCACAUCAUGCCGGACUAUUCAAACGCGGGUCGCCUCUCGUGUUUUUCACAACGGCAGAACUCCUGCAGGACACCAUUGACGCCGUUGGGCUUUCGAGAGAGCGUCGCAUAUUGACGCUCCUUUUCAGCCCUGUUGUAGACGAAAUCUCGUUUCAUGUUCCAUCGCACUUCAAGCAGCUCAAGAUUCUCCGGUGUGUCAAACGCUCAGAUGGAGGCAAGUUGCUUGUCCACGGGUCCUCGACCUACAACGACGUGCGUCUCGACAAGUGGCAGGCACAUAAACACGGGCGCCAUGAGCUCCUGGUUGGCUACAAGCACGGUGUUCGCAUCAAAAUAGCUGACAUUGUCAAUUUGCCCAACUGGUCACGGUGCCGUGGCGAGUUUGGGGACUCGGAAAAAUCCCAGUUGCGCCAACAUUUCGAGACUCUGUCCAAGGACAGCAACUGGGAUAAGGUGAGGGGACCAGUUGCCGCCAUCUUGGGCAUCGUGGUCGGGACUGCGAAAUUCACCGUCGCACUCGGCGGAGCAGUAGGCGGCAUCCACGUUAAAUAUGCCUUUGGCUUGCACGCUCUGGAAAUAGGGGCUGGCGGUGCCAAGUUUACUGUUGUCGCCACCGCCGCUGGACCUGCGGUUGCCCUCGGAGUCUUGGCCGCUGCAGCGGUUUAUUUCGUGCCGUGGGAGCAUCUCUUUGACUGGCUCCGGGGGGCUGUCAGCUGUGUCUGGGACAAGGCUUGUGAGAUUUGGGAAAAGUUCAAAGACUGGGUCUUAUGUCUGUUUACAAACACGUCUCCGAGGAAGCCUAGGCAAGUCCACGGCGGCAUCCCCCGGGCCGGCAGAUUUGCUCAUAGCUAG